AUGUCCUCGGAAACAUCGACCACUAACACACCAGAUGUUGAAAUGGUAUCUGUAAAGGGUUUGGGUACUGGAGCUUCAAAUUCUGCUCCACAACCGAUAGAAGCCAGGCCAUUUGUGCUCAAAAAAUGGAAUGCUUUGGCUACAUGGGCAUGGGACGUCGAUUGUGACACAUGUGCUAUCUGUCGAGUACCAUUAAUGGAGGAAUGCCUACGAUGUCAAGCAGAUUCCUCAUCAACAGAUUGUGUGGUGGUUUGGGGUGAUUGUAAUCAUGCAUUUCAUAACUGUUGCAUGAGCCAGUGGGUACGACAGAAUAAUCGAUGCCCUCUUUGUCAACAGGACUGGAUUGUCCAAAGGGUGGGACGUUAA